CCUGGAAGAGUUGUGACUCUGGUUGAAGACCCUAUCUUACACGUGUGGGGUGUUGCUUACAGACUGCCGGCUGGACAAGAGUGUGAAGUAAAGGCAUACCUGGACUUCAGAGAGAAGGGAGGCUACAGGACCACAACCGUCAUUUUCUACCCGAAGGACUCGUCGGUGAAGCCGUUCGACGUGCUGCUGUACAUUGGAACCUGCGACAACCCCAACUACCUUGGGCCGGCACCUCUGGAGGAAAUCGCUGAACAGAUUCUUAAUGCAGUUGGCCCUAGUGGAAGGAACACAGAAUACCUGUUCGAACUUGCUAACUCUAUCAGAAACCUCGUCCCAGAAGAUGUCGACGAGCAUCUCUUCUCCUUAGAGAAACUAGUAAAGGAACUCUUGGAAAAGCAUCAAAACCUGAACUGUCUAUAA